CGAAGCUAACCAGAAUAAACAACUAAGUUAGCUUCUGAGCUAGCAAUCAACUUCUGAAAUGGCGUCGUUAUCGGCGACAGAACCAGCAGUAUGCCCGGGUGCAGCACCAGCAGCAGAGUCCAUAGUGCCCGCUUGUAUGUUUGCACCGGACCAGGGUUGUGUCGACGACCCAACCGGCGAAGAGGGCUCUGAAGACGGCGAGGACACUAACGGCGAGCCCGCGGAUCAUUUAGACCUUAGCAGCAAGAUGGUCCUUGUGAGUCCCACAGGGGAGCAGUAUGAUUCAUUAUUAAGACAUCUGAGGGAGCUGAUAGAUGAGGGCUGUGGAGAGACCAUUUAUGUGGUGGGGAUGGGUUCAGAUGGAGGUGACUAUGGUCUGGAUGAGAAGGACAUGGAGGCGUCAGUAGCCACGGUGAGGUCGUUAUGUGAACAAAUUGAAGCUGACUUGAUCCUACUGAGGGAGAGGAUGGACACUGGUGGAAAGCUUCGGGACUACCUCAUCCGCAGGCGUGUGGGGGAGCAGGAUUUCCUGGAAGUCAGAGUGGCUGUGGUCGGGAACGUGGAUGCAGGAAAGAGCACUCUGCUGGGGGUUUUGACCCACGGAGAGCUGGACAAUGGCAGAGGCUUCGCUCGCCAGAAGCUCUUCAGACACAAACAUGAGAUGGAGAGCGGUAGGACCAGCAGUGUCGGCAAUGACAUCCUUGGGUUUGACCAGGAGGGACAGGUUGUGAACAAGCCUGACAGCCAUGGUGGCGGUCUAGACUGGACCAAAAUCUGUGAGAAAUCCUCCAAAGUCAUCACCUUCAUUGAUCUGGCUGGCCAUGAAAAGUACCUCAAGACCACUGUCUUUGGCAUGACAGGACACCUGCCUGAUUUCUGCAUGCUCAUGGUCGGCAGUAAUGCUGGCAUCGUUGGCAUGACAAAAGAGCAUCUAGGACUGGCACUGGCUCUUAAUGUGCCUGUGUUUGUGGUGGUUACAAAGAUCGACAUGUGUCCAGCUAACAUCCUACAAGAGACACUAAAAUUAUUACAGAGGUUAUUAAAGUCACCGGGCUGCAGGAAAAUCCCCGUGCUGGUCCAGAACAAGGAUGAUGUUGUCGUCACGGCCUCCAACUUCAGCUCAGAGAGGAUGUGUCCAAUCUUUCAGAUCUCCAACGUAACAGGCGAGAACAUGGACUUACUGAAGAUGUUCCUCAACCUCCUGUCCUCCAGAACAAAUUUCAACAACGACGAGCCUGCUGAGUUCCAAAUAGACGACACAUACUCUGUACCGGGCGUUGGCACAGUUGUGUCAGGAACUACGUUACGAGGAAUGAUCCGGCUUAACGACACGCUACUCUUAGGUCCAGACCCCCUGGGCACCUUCAUCCCCAUUGCCGUCAAAUCCAUCCACCGCAAGAGAAUGCCUGUCAGAGAGGUCCGUGGAGGACAGACGGCGUCCUUCGCCCUCAAAAAGAUUAAGCGUUCAUCCAUACGGAAAGGCAUGGUGAUGGUUUCACCGAAGCUGAUGCCACAGGCCACCUGGGAGUUUGAGGCGGAGAUUUUGGUGUUACACCACCCUACCACGAUAUCCCCGAGAUACCAAGCCAUGGUUCACUGUGGCAGCAUCAGGCAGACCGCCACCAUCCUGACCAUGAACAAAGACUGUUUACGGACAGGAGACAAAGCCUCAGUCCACUUCCGCUUCAUUAAGACUCCUGAGUACCUUCACUGUGAUCAGAAACUGGUGUUCAGGGAAGGACGCACCAAAGCUGUGGGCACCAUCACCAAGCUCCUUCAGUCAGUGAACACCCAGGCAGCUAAAACCCAGCAGGCCAAGAUGCAGGCUGGUAAGAAGACCUCUAAAGACGGCACAGCGGCCAGCGAGGAGGCCGGAUCAUCAGCACGACCGCCUAGUCCGAACACAGCACAACUAUCACUCAAAUCUGGAGGCGGCGGACGUAGGAGAGGGGGUCAAAGACAUCGAGGGAAAGGCCUGAACACAGCGACAAUCUCUACAGCGGUUCCUGCAGGGACAGCAGGCACUGCCUAAAAACACAAACCUUGAAUUUCUCCUCAGCUCUCGGCUCCUUCACAUGGAGGGAAAGUGACUGCACGGCCAUCUGGUGGUUGCAUAUGAGGACUGAUGCACAUUUAAAGGACACUUGGACAUCAGGAGAGAGUGAAGUAAUAGACUUGUUUUGUCUUUUGAAAGCUUUAUUGGUGUGAUAACUUGUGGGUUUCUGAGCAUCAUAUUAAUUUAGUUUUAUUGCAGUUUUCUGCAGUUUGUAGACCCCUUUUUUAAAAAUACAAACCUUUGGGGAGUCCAUCUUGUUUGUAGAUCAGAACUUCUCUGAUAGCAUUAACGGUUUCCAACCAGCAGAGGCUAAAGUCACUUUCCCUCCCUCCACAACCUUUUUUUUGUCUCUCCUUUUAUUUUAACAUUAUGUUCUCACCCACCUAACGUUGACUAAUUCACUGUCAACUCAGUCAUCUGAGGAAGUAGUUUGAGUUCAGCAGCAGAAAGCUGAACAAAUUUUUACAAAGCUUCUCGUCACUGAGACUGGCAGUUUAAACACACAUCGGAGAUUUAUUGAACUGAAAGGGAAGCGAUGCCAAUCUACAGCAAACAUAAGAGGGCAAGUUUUAAAAGUGAGUCUUGUACAACAGAUUUACAGAAGUCAUGUUCCAGAUCACACUUACAGCUCCUUUACUGCCUCAGAAAACCAGAUUUCAUUCCCAGACAGGCAAAACGCAACACUUCAUUACGACUGUGGUUUGGAUAGGUUUCACCAGGAAACUGUUUAAUGCCAGACUUUAUAAAUCAAAGACUUUAUUUUUCUAGCAUAGACCUGCAGCCGCUGUGAUCUGCUCUUUUCACCAGCAACGACAUGUUAAAAUUGAAGAAAAUUGAAGGGCGACAGUGUCUCAUCACUCAGUCUCACAUGGGUGCAGAUUAAAUUCUGCUCUGAAUGAACUUCGGUGUUAUUACCUCCUCUGUUUGAGCAAGAAUGAUGUUAAGACUCAGUGAGGGCAUUUGGCAUAAAAAGGAGGAGAUAUGAAACCCCAUUUUAAAUUUUUGUUACAAAGUGUCAAAGUGGUGGUUUCAUCCAAAGAGAUAGAGCUUGACAACUAUUUCCAAGGACCCAGUUAAACAUCUAAAAAUCAUGAACAUUUGAGCCUACUGACACUGCUGUGUAGUCUCAUGGGUCAUAUGACCUGACCUUAAAGCUCAAGUUCAGUCAUGUCAGAUAAAUUAAAUCACUGGUGCACAAAUGACCUAAAAAAGUGUCCAAUAGGCUCAUUGUUGCAAAGAAUUGAAUAAAUAAAAACAAAUCUUAAUACAUUUUCCACAGUUUCAUUAUGCGACUACUAAAUUUGAAUGCACCUCCAGACAGCUGUAUUUGAUUUUUUUUUCUCACAAAAAUCUAAAUUUCUUUUUCUUGAAGUUAAAUUUGAACAAAUCAUGUGACUUAAGCCGGAUAUACACCGUGCAGAUUUCCUCCGAUUCAGCUACAAAUUUGAGUCUUAUGACUUGCUCGGAAGUCGCACCAACUUUCAUUUCGAUUGUGCCUCAUUCAUCGUGCAGUGUACAGGGAGUUACAACAGCCAAUCAAGGCUCGACCAGCUGCUCCCAACUGGUCGGAUGGAUUUCUGACAGAAAGGCCCCGACCGGGAAGCGAACUAGGGACCUUCUUGCUGUGGGCAACAGCGCUAACCCCUGUUCCACCGUGCAGCCCUUGAAUAACUUUGUUAAAGGAAAUAUAAUAUAUAUAUAUUGACAGAGGUUUUGAUUAAGACUUGGCUCAUCAAGGAAUAUUCAUACUAUGUCAAUAUCAAUAAAAAAUAACAAUUCCCAUCCUUAGUCACCAGCCAUAAAUCCUCAUAAAUUCACCUUAAAGUUUUUUCUGCUGGUUUAAGUACAAAUCACUGCCAUUUUUGUAAACAAAAAGCUGGAACUUGCUUAUCCUGCCACUUUUCUACUUUUAUGCAAAAACGUUAAGCCAAGAAGAACAUGAUUAACUGCCUACAAACUUUUCAUACUUGAUAUUAAAGCAGUUUUGAGCACAAAUGACAUUUGAUUUAAAGCUUAAGAAGUCACAUACAAACACAAAAUAUCGUUUAUAGUCAUUGUUCCUGAGGGGGAAAAAAAAACGUGUCAGAAGUUUACAGAUGACUCAGCAUGAUUCUGUUUGGACUCUGACACUGUGGAUCAUCAGCCAGAGAAAAGUUACUACUUCCUGUCUUGACUACAACCUUUCUUCUAUGUUUACAGCUGGUUCAGUGAAGUUCUCUGGUGAUCCUGUUCCUGGUUCGUAUUUGAAAGUCUAAUAUGUUUUUGGUCGUUUCCCUUCAUAUACAGAUGUAAAGUUUGAUUCUGAGCAGCAGUUUUCAGUCUUUUGGGCCAUAGAAUUACUCUUCAAUAAAUAUAAAAAAAUGUACUGAACAGCCAGACUCUGUUCCCCUCUGUUUUUCAUUUUUAAACAUCACUGGUUUUUGUCCUGAGGGAAAAAUUUUGUGUGUUUGUUCUAAAAGUUUUGCAGAACUGAGGAUGAAAAAAGAUGCCAUUUAAAUUAAGUGCUGCCACUUUCUGUUGUAAA